AUGCCUCCUCGAAAGUAUAUGUCUGGACAUGAUAAGCGGAUAAAGAAACAAAAAAUUGAAGAAUUCAAUCGAUCUCAAGCGGGAGCACUUGAAAAAUUUAUUACUUGUAGUAGAAAUAUAUAUUCUAAUUCAGUUCAAGAUUCGGUGAAUGUUGAAAAUGAGCAACCUGAAAAUCAAGAAAGCGAGGAUUUGGUUAAUGAAAAUUUGAAUGAGAAUAGAAAUUCCAUUGAAGAAGGUGAAGAACAUGAAGAUUCUAAUGAGAAUAGAAAUUUGAAUGAGAAUAGCAAUGUAAAUGAACAUGAAGAAAAUGUAAAUGAACAUGAAGAUUUGGUACAAGAAGAAAACCUUGAAAGAAGGCCUUCAAACAUAAAUGACCCAGGAAAUUGGAAAAAUAUUGAUCAAAGAUUGAGAGACUUACUGAUUGAAAGAGGUCCCAAAAAAAUGAUAAUCUUGAUUUUCCAAAAGAUUCAGAAGGCAGACAUUUCUCCUCAACACAUUUCAUUCUUGUUCAAAAAUGAUGCAAACAAAAUUCAAUUGGCAAAUGAUGGAGUUAGAGACUGGAGAAAUCUUAGUGCCAGACUUAAAAGUCAUGAAACAAGUAGUGAACACAUUGUUAACAUGAAGAGUUGGAUUGAAUUAGAGAUCAGAUUACGACAAAAUGCGACAAUCGAUAAAAGUGUUGAAGAACAAAUCAACAAAGAACGAGAACAUUGGAGAAAAGUACUAUUGAGAGUAGUUGCUGUUGUGAAAACACUUGCUAAAAAUAGUUUGGCAUUUCGUGGAGAUAAUGAGAAGCUUUAUGAAGAAAAUAAUAGAAUUUUUUUAAGUAUAAUAGAAAUGAUUGUCGAAUUUGAUCCAAUAAUGAAAGAGCAUGUUCGUCGACUUCAGGAGAAAGAAAUUCAUUAUCAUUAUCUUAGUCACAAAAUUCAAAAUGAAUUUAUUCUUCGAAUAGCAGAUGAGAUCAAAAGUUUAAUCAUCCAAAAUAUUAAAGAAGCAAAGUAUUUUUCUGUUAUUCUUGAUUGUCCUCCGGAUGCAAGCCAUGAAGAGCAAAUGUCACUUAUAUUAAGAUGCGUGAAUAUUUCAACAAGCCCAAUAAAGAUGGAGGAGUUCUUUUUAGGAUUUUUAAAGGUGGAUGAUACAUCAGGACGAGGAAUUUUUGAAGAACUUGUAAAUAUUUUGCAAGAGCUUAAACUUGAUAUUGGUGAUGUAAGAGGACAAGAGUAUGAUAAUGGUUCUAAUAUGAAAGGAAAACAUAAAGGUGUACAAAGAAGAUUAUUAGAGAUAAAUCCUAGAGCAUUCUACACACCUUGUGGUUAA